AUGAAGAGUUACUUUACUGUUAAUCUAGCUCAAAUGCUGGCACUUGCAGAUAUAUAUGCUUGUACAAGAAUUUUUGACUCUCACAGACUACAAAUUAAUGACUACAUAUUUUAUGCAAGAUUAUAUACAAGCUAUAAUAGACUUUCCAUUAAUGAUACAUUUUAA